UGGGGUUCAACGAUUUUUUCUUCUUCUAAAACAUUAUGUAAAUCCUAUGGACUUUUGUCAGGGUAUUGCAAGGUGCCAAAAAUCUUCAUUUUACUGCCGGGGACAUCUAAUUUUCUUCCCUAUCUCAUAUGAGGAUGAACAGAACUACGUAUUCAUUCCAUAAAAACAAAAAUAAUUUUUGAUGCACCACUCGAACGAUGGCACAUUCCAAGGGCAAGAGGGAGCCUCAGUUUCUGUUGUUACAAAUACUGCGCAAACAAUACAUUUAUUCGAUAUAUUCGCAAAACCGCUUACGGCUGCUUUUUCACGCUGAGUGACGUUAGCGCAUCACGUUAAAGCCAAUCAGCGCAUUUCGUACCUUUAUGCAAGUGCACUUUGAACAGCUUAUCAGGAAUGUGCAUUGAGUCGCCCUUUUGGCCUUUUUCCCGCUUUUUCAUCGAGUUUGAGUGCUGUUGGGGCGAAUAAUCUCGGAGAUGAGUCAGUCUCACAUCUAAGGAGCAAAUAUGCCUUUUUGUUUUGUGCCUCAAUGCAGUCAUUCCAGCGCCAGGUCCCAGUCAAAGUGCUCCUUCUUCCGAUUGCCCCGGGACGAGGGGGAGUUGAAGAAAUGGACUACACUGAUGAGGAGACAAGAUGCAAAGCCCAAUGAGCAUUCAAGAGUGUGCUCUUGUCAUUUUAGGAAUGGCAAGAAAGAAGCUGGUCCAACCCUAUUUGCUUGGAAUGACUUCAAGAGAAGGGUGCCAGCUGAUGAAGUGGGCGAUGGCACAGGAGGGGCUGCAGCUGUGGCCGCUCCUUCUCCUGUGACUCUCCUGGAGCAGGCUCAGAGAAGAGCAAGUGAGCUAGAGGCUGCCCUGGCAAAGAAGUCUGCUGAGCUGGAACAGGUCAAGAGCCAACAUUCAGCUGAAGAAUCCCAGAUGCGUUCUGUUCUGACUGAGAACCAGCUCACCAUGCUGAAGACUGGGAGGCGACCCCAUCGGUGGGACGAUGAAAGUGUCAUCAAAGCCAUGGGAAUCAGAACAAGUACCUCAAAAAGAGUCUACGAGUAUCUACGUGAACAGCAGGGAUGGCCGCUUCCAAGCAUCCGCAGCAUCUCGAGCUGGGUAUCGGGGCUGAGGAUCGAGCCCUCGUCCAUGGCCCAGUUUCUGCAGUUCCUGCAAGUGGCGGCCGCUGAGACAGCCCCGCUCGCCAAGAACUGCGCCAUCCUCUUUGAUGAGAUGUCGGUAGACACGCGACUCUGUUACGACCAGCAGAGGGAUGUGAUCGUAGGCCCGCACAAGCAGGCCCAGGUGAUCAUGGCGAGUGUGGUUCUUCGCCGAUGUUCCGCACUGCCUGAAGAACUUGCGGAACCACAUCCUGGAUGACGGCCUGUACCUGGGGUGUGGUGGCGACCGAGGAGAUCCGGUAGUGGACUCGGACCUGAUGG